CACAAUACUCCCUUACAGUUCAGCCGGGACAUUUCUGCAUCAGCCAGUGGACAGGUAAUAGCUGCAAAGAGUGCCACAUUACUUUUGGGAUCACCCAGGAAGCUUACCGCCAUGGGAAGGAAGCUAGACUUGUCCAAACUGAGCGAUGAUGAGGCCAAGCAUGUAUGGGAGGUGGUCCAGAGAGACAUCAACUUGCGCAAAAAGGAGGAGGAUAGACUGGAGGAACUGAAAUGUAAGGUGGAAAAGGAAAGCACGAAAAGAGAGCUACUGUGCAAUCAGAGCCACCUGAACAGCACCCACUGCGUGCACUGCUUGCACCCUUUCCAGUUCCUGAUCAACAGCAAACGCCAGUGCCUGGACUGCCAGUUCUAUGUCUGCAAGAACUGCAGCCGCUACAACAAGAAGGAGCUGGGCUGGGUGUGUGACACCUGCAGGGUGACAAGGACGGUGAAGAUCGGCUCCUUAGAGUGGUAUUAUGAACACGUCCGUUCUCGUUUCAAACGCUUUGGCAGUGCCAAGGUCAUGCGGCACCUGUACACAAGGAUGCAGCCUGAUUCCAGGGGAGGACUAACAGGUCUCCCGGAUAGAGUGUACAGUAUGCCUGACAUCAACAGAGAAUAUCUGCGGCAGGCCAGGUCUGGGAUGUUUCCUGAUGAUGAUGAGGACACUGUGGACAAUUCAGAGGCCCAACGUUAUAGCAUGAUGCGUAGGACCAAGCGCCUGCUCUCUGUUCAUCCAUUUGACUUUGAGAUGGAUUCUGAGUACUCGGCUCAGUCUCGCAGGCAGUCCGUACAGCUUUCUCCAACUCUAGAGCAAGAUGUUUUCCAGUCAUUCUCUGAACACACCAGUUCUGGGAGAGAUCCUGCCCAGAAAGAAUCCCUCAUUGCCGAGGCUGAGCUGGCAUCCAUGUUUCACCAUCUGCUCCAGGAGCAAGGACAGAAUGUCGCCCCUCCGGAUCAAGAGUUCAGCACUGAAGUCCGUGUAACCGUCAACUCUCGUCGUCGUAGCCUUGAAAACAUCAAAAGGUCUAACCUUCCUUCUCUAACCGAAUCCUCACCUAAUUACCCACACCCAGAUUCCCAACUAACUCGCACCCGGUAUCUCCCUAAAGGCAGUCCCUCCCGUGCACCUAAGGGGUCCCAGUAUGCUGGGGACAUGGACACAUCUGAGGAUGAAAGAGGUGCUGUUCCUAAAGCUCCUCCAAGGCGCAGGAGCCGGGCAUCCUCCCAGGAGAAUGUGCAUCAUUCCGCUCCUCAGAUUUCUGAACUCAAUAAACGCAUGUCUGCCAUUGAACGCAUGUUAAACCGUCUUGAGGAGAGAAUGUCACUGACUUCAGAUGAGUCCUUAGGCCCUGGAGCACACACAGAUGCUGAUCUGGAGGAGGAGACCCUUAAAAGAAAGCUAGGAGAACUUGCCAGUAACAUCAGUGAUAAAGGAGGGUCAUCGGAUGAGGAGAAAAGCUUGAAACGAAAGUCAUCAACGGGGUCUUUCAAAGAUAUAAACGCUGUUCAGUCUCAGAAGAGAACAGCGGCUCAGGCUCUUUGUGACAUCACAGCCAAAAUGCUGCGCACCAUUAACGCUACAGAGCACGCCAUACAGGAAUCGUUGGGGGACGAACGCCAACAGGGCAUCAUCCCUAGUGCCAAGCCAAGAGGCAGCAGGGAAGCACAGACUGAAUUCCAGAACCUUGAGGAAAAUGUGUAUGUGGCAGCAGAGAAGGCAUAUGGACUAGAGAAGAAGCUUCAAGACCUGGAAGAGCGAGCCCGUCACAGCGGCACCACCGACUCCGAGCUUUCAGAAUUAGAGGUCAGCGUGGCGUCGGCAAUUGCACAAGUGCAACAGACGGAGAGUGAGGUUUCAGAUAUUGAAUCUAGAAUAGCAGCUUUGAGCGCUGCAGGACUUACUGUAACCCCUUCAGAUAAAACGAAAAAGAAAUCAAGCCCGCGGGUUUGUGCUAAUGCCAUUUCCCGUAGUACUGAACCAUUCAUACCAUCACCUCCUGAGGGCUACAGCUUGACUUCAACUCCUAGCGAAGCCAAGAUCCUGUCGAUGCAGGAAGCCCUAAGGAAAAAGUUCAACAUUGACACUGAGGUGCCAGAUGGUGCUUUUGAAAGAAAUGCUCUUUACCGUGGCUCACUGACACAGCGCAAUCCCAAUGCAAAGAAUAAAAAGGUUGAUCGUAUCUUUGCGAGACCUGUUCUCAGCCAGCGAUGAAGCUCAGAUCCAAGAUUCUUCCAACCCAGCUGGUCAAAAACGUAUAUGGUCAAAAACGUGUAUAUAUUUUAAACCCUUCUAGAGUUAGAAGACUGAGCUUUCCCAUGACGACUGUUUAUGGGUUCCAAUGAUCAGCAUAGGUCUGAGACAAGCAUCAGUGAAAUAAAAUAGAAAGGGGAAAGUGAAACAAUGAAAAUGAAAAAAAAAAUGAGAUGCAGGAGAUUUUUGUGGGCAAACAUAGAGACCUUGAUGCUGCGUGUAUCUGCUUUGUCUUGGCAUAUAACAUGUCCUACUCUAGAUAUUACAGCUGUAUAUUCUCAUAUUUUAUAGUGAUGCAUUUCAUUAAUGGACAGGGCCCAGUUAGACUUAUUUAAUGUCAGAAGAAGCCCAUAAUUUAUUCUUCUGGUAUAGGAAGGGUGAAAUGUGCAGUAUUUGUCCCCUAACUUUCUGAUAUAAUGUCAAACAUUAAAUAAUUAAUCGUGCUUGUUGCAUCUGGCUAAAUGUCAUGCUGAACAGCUAGAAAGACCAAAGAACACUGUAAUGAGAAAGCUGAAACCUGUAUCUGUUACUCCCUGGCAUUAUUCAUAUGCGUUAUACCUAUAUUAAUAAAAAUGUAGACAUUCAUGUUUUGAUUCACUUGUAUGCAGUGCUAUUCACCGAACAAUUUCAAUAAAGCCUGACCUUUACUCACAUAA